UCAUUAAAAGGGGGCACACAGUACUGACACAAGUGGCUAUGAUUCGGAUAUCAUUUUAAAACAGAUAAACAUUUGUAACAAAUUUCGGUUUCACUGAAAAACCCAAAUUGUAGUCAGUUUGAGCACAGAAACAUGAACUACUGGAGGAUUUUAAUUCACCCUCGGUUGACGCGGAUGAAGUCCGAGAACAACACCCCAAAAGCAUGCCGACCCCAAAACCGGAUGUCCUGCACUCAGGACGUAGUUAAGACCCCAACUAGCAUAGUUUUCAGCAACAAAUACAACAAGUUCAUGGGCUUCACGCUGGAGGAGCGGCAACGCUUAAAUAUUCACGGACUGCUACCCGUCUGUGUCCGGUCACCGCAAGAUCAAAUGUAUGUGUUUGAGUCGAACUUCCGAUCCAUCAAUACAAAUAUAGGUAAAUAUCAGUAUUUGAGGAUUAUGCGACAGAGUUUUGAGAGGCUCUACUUCAAGUUUGUCUCGGAACACGUGACGGAGGUACUGCCCAUCAUUUACACACCCACCGUGGGCAUGGCCUGCAUGGUCUAUGGGAUGUUGUACCGCGGCAUGAGCGGGGUCUACAUAACCAAAUACGAUCGUGGCCAUAUGGUGGAUGUCCUGAAGAACUGGCCAGACAGUAAGAAUGUCAAGGCCGUCUGCGUGACGGACGGCCAGCGAAUUUUGGGGCUGGGUGAUCUGGGCGCCAAUGGCAUGGGUAUUUGUGUGGGAAAAAUGGAACUGUAUACGGCGUUGGGAGGCAUUUCACCAGCCAAGUGUCUUCCGGUGUGCCUGGACAUCGGCACUACCAAUAAAAAUCUCCGCGACGACCCCAUGUACAUUGGCCUGCGGGAGGAUCGAAUUACUGGCAAGGAGUACGAGGACUUUGUCGAGGAGUUCAUCCAAUCUGCACUGAAGGCGUUCGGUUGCCAAACUCUCAUCCAUUUUGAGGACUUUGCCACACCGAACGCCUUUAAGUUUCUGGAAAAGUAUCAGGAUCAAUGUUGCUACUUCAAUGACGAUAUCCAGGGAACGGCAGCAGUGGGCCUUGCCGGACUGCUGGGCAUUCAAAGGAUAACUAAAAUAGAGCUACAGGACCAUGUUAUACUCUUUUGUGGGGCGGGCAGUGCCAUGAUGGGAUUGACGGCACUCCUGAAGAAGGAAUUACAAUCCAGAGGUCUCAGCGAUGAAGAGCUUACCAAGAACCUCUACGUCUACGAUGCAAAGGGCCUGAUAACCAAGAGUAGUCAGGAAAUUCCAGGUAAUAUCGCUGACUUCGCCAAGGAUAUGCCUCCCAUAAAGUCUUUGGAGGAGGUGGUGGAGAAGAUCAAGCCCUCUAUUAUAAUGGGAGCCACAUCAGCAGCGGGGCUAUUCACCGAAAAGAUUCUGCGUACUAUGGCAGCGAGUCACGAGCGUCCGGGGGUAUUUGCCUUUUCCAAUCCCACCAACAAGGCCGAGUGCACAGCCGAACAGGCCUAUAAGUUUACAGACGGCCGAGCCAUCUAUUCGGCAGGAUCACCUUUUCCUCCAGUCGAAUUCAAUGGGAAGCGUCUGACUCCUGGCCAGGCCAACAACUGUUUCGCCUUUCCCGGCAUAGUUCUGGGCGUGAUGACUGCCCUUGCAGUGACAGUUCCCGAUGAAGUCUACCUGGUCACUGCCCACACCCUGUCCAAUGUUCCCAGCAAAGAGGACCUGGCCAGCGGAAAGAUCUACCCGAAUAUAGCCUGCGCCAAGGAUGUGGCCCUGGAGAUCGCCGUAAAUGUUUGCCAAUAUCUGUUCGACAAUGAAAUAUCCUCAGACCUGGCCCAAUUGACUCCAGUGCCGGACGACAUUCGGGAGUACAUUUUGAAGAAUGAAUACCAGCUUGACUUCAGCAGCUCAACGACCGAGACGUGGGACUAUCCGGAAAUGAAACCCAAUCCCAAGCCCAAUCCAACCAAGGAACAAAAACAGAAGUAGGCUUUCAGUUUUAUUCAAUUUUUUGUUUUAGUAAUUUCGGUGGAAUUGUUCCAAAUUUUAUUCGUCAAAAUUCUGAGUCUUUAGUUAAUUUCUGCUCCUUGGAUGACCAUGCAAUUGCGAAAAAUGAAGCCCUAUUUACAGUCCCUUCUGCGAGUCGCGCCCCGUCCGAUAAUCACAUUGUUCCGAGAUCUGAGCCGGUUUGACGACGAGACGAGACAGAGGGCGCGUCUGGAAUGGCGCGUCAUCGCAGACGGCGAGGUUAACAAGGUGAGGAUGUCCCGUUGAGGCCAACUAUCCAUACUCGCAUUGGCAUUGUUUGUUUCUGACAUGUAUUCGAUUGCUUGGCAAUAUAGUAAACCGUUUAACCAGA